AUGUCCUCCAAAAAAAUCGCCGAGUUCCCCAACGUCGAAGCCAAGCUGCAGAAACCGACAAAGCAAUCCGCCUUUGAGAAGCAGCGCGCCGAAGCCGAAGCCAAACGGGCGCGGGAAGCCGCUGAGACGGCUGCCGUGCUCAGGGAGUUCGAAGCGAGCUUUGACGACGACGACAACAACGGCCGUGAUGAUCAUGGCGGCGGCGGCGGCGGAGGGCGCUACGGUGCCUCCUCGCAGCAGGGUGGCCCCGGCCGCGGGCUGACGGGCAGCGGCGGUGGUUUCGGCGGCCCGCCGGCAGCGUCGAGGCGGCAUUUCGGCGCGCCGGCGCUGAAGAGCGGGCCGGGGAGUCUGGGGCCUGUGCCGCCGAAGAGCGGACCGGGGAGCCUGGGGUUCGCGCCGAGUUCGUACGGCGGCGGGAAGCAGAGGGGGUUCGACGCGUACAGCCGGCAAGAGAGGGAUGGCAGGCUUGGGUUCGACGCGCGCGGCGAGCCGCUGUCGGUGGCCAAGGUGUUUCAUCACAGCGACGACGACGACGACGAGGGAGGCCAUCACAAGGGCGGCGCAAGGGCCGAGGAGAUGGCUGUGGCGCGGCCGACGCUGCGACUGUCGCAGAUUCCGCCGGGUACCUCACCAGCGUUCAUCAAGUCGCUGAUACCGCCGUCGCUGACGGUCGAGGACGUCAAAAUGGUACCCACGUCUGGUUCGUCAACCGAGAGGAAAUGCACGGUUGCCGUUGUCACACUCUCGCAGGAGACCCCGGCUACAGAAAUCGACGCAGCCGUCAGCUUGCUGCAGAACCGGUACUUGGGCUAUGGCUUCUACCUGUCCCUCCAUCGCCACCUGUCUUCGGCAGUCUCGUCCGUCGCGGCGCCGACCCUAGCCGCCUCAUCAACAGGCUCCCAGCCGUUUGGCGCGAAACCCGUCGCGCAGCAAACAGGCCCCGGCAACGGUCCCUCCCAACAGACACAUCGCGGCUUUGCCCCGCCGACAUCCUACAACCAAAUGGCCGGCGCGGCAGUCAACAGGAACAGCAUCCUCCACGUCCCCGUAACGCCGCCGCACGACGUCAAGACGCUCCAGCUCAUCAACAAGACGCUCGAAUCAGUCCUGGAACACGGGCCGGAGUUUGAGGCACUGCUGAUGACGCGAGCCGAAGUCCAGCGUGAGGAGAAAUGGGCCUGGCUGUGGGACGCCAGGAGCGUGGGUGGCGUGUGGUACCGUUGGCGGCUCUGGGAAAUCGUGACGGGCGCCUCGUCGAGCGGCAGCAAAGGGCGCUAUCUACCUCUUUUUGACGGUAGCCAUGCGUGGAAGGCGCCGGAGAAGAAGUUACCGUUCGAGUACACGACGCACAUUGACGAGUUCAUCUCGGACUCAGAGUACAACUCGUCCGACGAUGAGGACAUGGAUGGCGAGGCCAACCGCGAGGCAAACGCAGGCGCCGAGGUUGAAAACACUUUUCUGAACCCCCUCGACAAAGCCAAGCUCACUCACCUCCUGUCACGACUACCAACGACGCUAUCAAGAAUACGCAAGGGGGACAUUGCACGCAUCACGGCUUUUGCUCUGACACAUGCCAGCCGUGGCGCCGAUGAGGCUGUCGCCAUGAUUGCCGCAAACAUCAACAAACCAUUGGCUCUCACCGCUGCCAACCCGGCUCUGUCAAGAGACGAAAGAGACAAGAGCAAACAGCGCGACGGCUCGGACCAAUCCGACGCGGAGCAAGAUGGUAAGGUAGACAAGGAGAAGGAGAGUCAGGAUACGAGUGGAGCCAGUCUUGUGGGUCUCUACGUGGUGAGCGACAUUCUUUCAUCGUCCUCAACGAGCGGAAUUCGACACGCGUGGCGAUUCCGACAGCACUUCGAGGGAGCGCUCAAGGAUGCCAGGGUGUUCGAAAAGCUGGGCCUCAUGGCCGACAAGCUCCGCUGGGGUCGACUCAAGGCCGACAAGUGGAAACGCAGUGUGGGCAUGAUUCUCAGCCUUUGGGAGGGCUGGUGUGUCUUCCCUGCCGAGAGCCAGGCGUUCUUCGCGAAUACGUUUGAGAACCCGCCGUCGCUUAAGGCCCAGGCUUCUGCGGACGAGGGUCUGAAGAAGGGCAAGUGGAAGGUUGUCGAGGCGUCUACACUGGCCAGCGUCGACACGCUGCCUGAGGCAGUCGUCAAGGCAGAUGACGGUGAUGUCGAGGGCGAGCCGAUGGAAGAUGGUGAUGUGGCUGGUGAACCAAUGGAUGACGAAGAUGUGGCUGGCGAACCAAUGGACGAAGAGGACGUCGACGGCGAACCAAUGGACGACGAUGUGGAAGGCGAGCCAAUGGACGACGACAUUGAUGGCGAAAGACGAGACACUGCAGCACUCGAGGCGUCUUCCCAGGCAGGCGGGAAUGCGCAGGUGAUACCCCCAGGUUCUGGGCCAGGGAGGAAGCGAAUGAGGGCCGUGGACAUGUUCGCGGAAUCUGGCGACUCAGACUAG